UACUAUCGCCCGUUUAUGAGUUGGGAACACGCAUCAGCCGAUCUUCAUUCGUUCCCACCUAACUACCGACGCUUGGGCAAACCUUAUCCCAAACCUGGACACCGCCCGGAAGGCUCAAAGCGAUGUCCUCGUCGUCGGAUCCUGCGCCGCCGCCGGGGAAACCCCCGCUGCCAUGGCGGACGCGCCUGCUCGUGUCCGCGGUCUCCAUCCUCCACUCCGCGUCCCUCCGCGACGACGGCACCGUCAACCGCUCCCUCCUCUCCCUCUUCGACCGCACCGUCCCGCCCAACCCGGUCCCGGACCCCGCCGGCGUAUCCUCCUCCGACCACGCCGUCUCCGACCACCUCCGCGUCCGCCUAUUCCUCCCAUCAGCCGCUGACGCGGGCGACGGCAGCCAGUUGCCUCUCCCGCUGGUCGUCUACUUCCACGGCGGCGGCUUCGUGUUCCACUCGGCCGCGUCGGCGCACUUCGACGCGCUCUGCCGCCGCCUCGCCGCGUCCAUCCCCGCCGCCGUCGCCUCCGUCGACUACCGCCUCGCCCCCGAGCACAAGCACCCCGCCGCGUACGACGACGGCGAGGCCGCCCUCCGCUGGGCCAUGGCCGGCGCCGGGGGCGCGCUACCGACUUCUUCUUCAUCCCCCGUCUUCCUCGCGGGGGACAGCGCGGGCGGCAACAUCGCGCACCACGUGGCCGCCCGCCUCUCCAACCACAUAUCCGGCCUCGUCCUGUUACAGCCAUUCUUCGGCGGCGAGUCCCCGACGGCGUCCGAACUGCGGCUGAGGGGGGCGCCGUUCGGGGCGCCGGAGCGGCUGGCGUGGCUGUGGCGCGCGUUCCUGCCGCCGGGCGCCACGCGGGGCCACGAGGCCGCGGACGUGCCGGCCGCCAUAUCCAGAGCCGGCGCGCGCGUCCCGUUCCCGGCGACGCUGGUGUGCGUGGGCGGGUGGGACGCGCACCAGGACAGGCAGAGGGCGUACGCGCGCGCGCUCCGGGACGCCGCCGGCGCCGAGGAGGUUCGCCUCGCGGAGUUCCCUGAUGCUGGUCAUGCGUUCUAUGUGUUCGAGGAGCUCGCGGAUAGCAAGAGAGUGCUCGCCGAGGUUGCCGAGUUCGUGAACCGGCGCGCUGCCGAAUACCGCAGAAACGCGCGCUCCUCGCACGCGUAGACCGGCCGAUAUCUGUACUGAAAACGUGUUCUCUUGCAUGCCGCUUCCACCGGACCACCUUCCGGCCUUCUCAUUUCCCGCGCGGAACUACGGCUUGCCAGUUGGUUUUGAUUAUUUUUGGCUAAUACAAAGAUUGAUCCAGUCAGUCGCGAGCUAAAGAGUUUGACUGCUGAUUCAUCCAGCUAGGGUGUUUGUGAUCGGCACUUGCUCGUGACUCGCGGAACGAAAAUGGCACGAGUGUGCAGAGCGCAUGUGACAUUGUGGCGGAGAAAACGGCUGAUCCUCUCGGUGAGACGACGGAAGACUGAUUGCACUGGAGAUUGGACAGUGCGAGCCUUUCUUUUACCUCGGAAAAUCGGGAAGAUCAUGGGUGGAAACGGCGGCGACGGUGCAAUGAAUCGCGUUCGCAUUCAUCGCCGCAAACAGGAUCCUGUUUUGUUUACAUGUGCCGUGCCGUGUAUUGCUGUUACGGAACAGGCGUGAGAGAUUCUGGCCAGUGCCAUAAUGGAGACGGAUCCACUGCACGGAGGCCCGCGAUCUGCAGAAUCCCGGGGCAUGGGCUGAGGCUCUGAGCUACCCCUCCCCGCUGGAUAUCUGGAGAAGAGAAUGGCAGCAGAGCCCGCGCGCUACCGGCCUGCCCUUGCCAGAAACGCGCUCCGAGCGGUCUCGGCCGCCGCGCGUGGCAUGUCCAACCGCGCUCCCUGCUUUGUUCUAGGCUUUUGUACUCCCUGCAGCAACUCAGUACUAUGCCGUAGAUUUUUUUAUUUUUUUUGCU